ACCUUCGCCCACCUGUAAAGCUUCAUGCCCACCCUCCUCCUGGCCCGCUGCUCAGCCGCCUUAUCCUGAAUUCCUGAUCGCAGCUAUUAAGCACAGCUCGACCUCACGUACAGGAGUAUAAAAACACGGCCUAAACAGAGGGUAGCCAAGCGCAACGUCAAAAGAUUCACGAGCUCGAUCGAUCGCAGAGCUCAAACGCUAGCUCCAGCUCCGGCGAAAAACCAAGAAGCCCGGCGGGCGGCAUGCCGUGGUUCCCAGCGGUGCCACCGGCGCUGGCGGCGGCCGACGGGGGCCGGAUCAAGAAGCGCGCGGGGCUCCCGAAGCUGCUGCACAAGCUCUUCAUCAAGGUGCUCCGCCUCCGCCCGGCGUCGGCGGCGGAGGAGUUCUACGACUACCGGAUGGCGGGCGCCGGCGACGAGGAGUACUGCUACUACUACAGCUACGGCGGCGCGGGCGCGUCGUGGGCCGGCGUGCUCUCCUCCAUCCCGGAGGAGGACGACAGCUCCGAGGAGGGCACGCCCGACGUCUCCCCCGGCCCCGCGGUGCUCCGCAAGGCCAAGUCGGAGCGCUUCGUCGUCGGCCCGCCCGACGCCGCCACCGUUGUGCGCGUCGAGGUCCUCCUCUAGGCUCGGAGCCGGCUCGCUGGCUGGCUCAGCUCUCUUCCGCGUCCUCUUGCCUUCGUGUCGUUCUAAAGGGCGCCCGUAUGAGGGGCCCCCGGCCGUUCGAUCCUGAUCCAACGAUGGGUUUUUGAAGGGCCAGCAGCUCCAGCCAACGCCCAGACACACUCGGAACUCCUAGACGUACGGUCCCAACCAUCUCAAAGUUGAUCGGACGGCUCCAAAUCAAAGGCGCGAUAGUAUCUUGGCGCCUAAUGUACAGUGAGAGAGAGAUUUUGUGCCAUCAUAGACACAUGGUGUCAUUUUUGGGGAGCACAAGUUGCUGCCUUGUUUUGACAUCACUAGUGAUGUGGGUGCUUAUGUUUAUCCCACAUUAGUGGACGCUGUAACUUAGCUGGGCGGCUCUUGCUCGCAUGUUGUUGCACCCUUUUCGGGGGGUUUUCUUGUUUGCGUGUGAUUGAGGUCAGAAGCCUAUUGAUCCAGCUCUGAAUUUGCUUUUACUGGCAAAGCAGGCCUUCGCGUGUAAACAAGUUGUUAAGGAAACUUUUUUAUCCA